AUGCUUCGUGCUGUGGCAUUUGCAAUUACUAUACUGAGUAGGCGUUAUGGGAAGGGCUAUAUCAUCGAUGGAGAAAGCCUGGAGACACGUAUGGAGCGUGUUUAUCGGCAGGCAUGCGCUUGGCGUCUGUGGUGGCUCGUACGCUACUGUGCUGCAAAGCUUUGCAAAGUGAUGAAUUCGUUAGCACCAGGCAUAACAAAUAUGCUUGUUAGAGGCAAGCAGGUCACUCUGGGCGUGAGUGGUUGUCGCGAAGUGACAAUAUCUGCGCCAACGACUCCAGUCGAAAUUGAAGAAAUCCUGUUCAGUUCUUGUCCAGAAAGCGAACCACAAGCAGCUGUACUGCAGCAGGAGCUUAUUAUUGCUUGCUCCGAUUUGAUUGCUCAGAAGCCGUAUGCAUUCGAUGGUGUUUUAACAAUACGAUUGUCUUGGCUGGCCGAUGCAAUAUCGUUAAUGCUGAAUUACGUUCAAACGCCGGAACUUUCACGCGAUCACAAGUAA